AUGCCAGCUGCACUUCGGGAGAAAACAAGCAAACACUUCGUCAUGAGUCUUAUCAUCUUUCAACUCUACGGUGGAUCUGCUGUCACGGCUUAUGGGGACAGCGUCGUCCAGGCCCACACCUCUUGGUGUCCUUCAACUGCAGCACUGGAGCAGCCUCUGCGACGCUUGAUCAGCAACAUGUUCGAGGCAGCCCGACUCUCCCCGCUUUUCUAUCCGCCGAUUUCUGUACUGCUAGAAAUCAGGUGGAGCAUACGUUUAACAGGCAUGCUCGUAGUCGUUCCUACCACGUCCCAAGGGCCUCUUCUGGUGGCUGCUUUCUUCCAGCGGAGAUUCCACAAACAAGCUCCCAUUUUCGCUUUCGUUCCCUCAGUUAUCUCAUGCAACGCUUGGAGAUUUCCUCUCGACGCCAAAACUGGAGGGAAAUAG